CAAUGGCGGAUACACUCACACAGACAGAGACAGAGACCACUUCAAAGAGUAAAGUUUAGAGAUAACGAAAAAGGAAAACGAAGAAAGAAAUGGGCGGAGAAGGGCAGCUUCUGAGGAGAAUUCCACGAAUUAAGUUCCCCAAAAGACACUCUUCCUCAGGAAAGAACAUAGGAAGCUUAAUCUAUGUUGGUGUAUUGGUGAAAGGUUUUACCAGAAGGAAUAGUUGUUUAGUUUCCGGAAUAACAGUAGAUCUCCUGCGAUUGCAGCAGCAAUCGGCUUGGUAGAUAUCUGUAAAGUUCGAAUCUUUGAGCUAAAUUGAGACUGUAGCUGGGUUGUAUUUGUAUAUGUAAAGUUUGGAUCUUUUUUGGUGCUUCCUAUGUACAGUAGAAAUAUGGGUUGAGUUAGUAAAUGAUUGGAUGUUUUCUGUGAGGGAAGAAUCUGCAGGCUCCCAGGAGGGUCGAGAAAUAGCAACAGGAGGAGGAGAGAAGUAUCAGUUUCCUCCCCAAGCUUCUGGGUCAGAUGUUUCGUCAUCGGCGUCCGACGCUGCUGUUGGAGGGAAAGCUUCUCUUCAGCCUAGGCGAACCCCGGUCACCGAAAGGGAAAUCGAGGCUGUGAUGGUACUGGGUGGCUGCUUUUGACGGAGCAGGAAGCCCGCAAUGAAGCAGUCGAAAGGGUGAUUUGGUUGUCACCUGUUCGUCACCAGUCGUCAAUGAAUUACGUCUGGACACCGCUACUGUAAAUUUGCACCUCUUCAAUAAGAAACACUCGCUCCACCAUUUGCUUAUGGUAUGUACUUUAUAGCUUUGAAUUUGCUGUAACAGAAGAAUGUACAAUCACCUGAUCAAUGAAUCAGCUCGCUUUUGUUUCGACCAUAAGAAGCAUCAUUAGCCAACGUAAUCGAACCAUAAGAAGCUUUUGUUUCAACUCAUGUACAAGCGAAUGAAACCCACCCGGAACAAGUACUACUCCGAAACAACGCCCUGUUGCAUGAAACUAUAUUCGUUGG